CUGCCUCACACGCUGCAUUGCCAUUAGUGCGGACUGGCCGGGUUGCCGCUGCAGCUCGCUCCUCCUGUUGGAUCCUGGGCGCCGGGCUAUAGAAGUGGCCGGUAUAGAAAGGCGUAGGGGGGAGGGAAGCUAGGGGGCCGGGCGUUUGCUUUUUCACAGGGUAGUUCCACUAACAGCCUUCCCCAGCUGCUGCUCCUACCCGCUGGAGCUGUGCAGGGCGGGGCCGCUGACUCGGGGGCUGAUUGUUGCAGGGCUGGGGAGGGGGCUGUCCGCUCCCGGAGGAGCCUGGAUUUGUGCCUCUCCCCUGCGCCUUGUGGGCGAGCGGCGAAUGCGCGGUAACCGCGCGAGGCAUCCCCCUGCCUGCAAUCCGCCCAUGUGAUCCGAGCCCCGCGGGCUCCCGGCGCGCUGUGGUGGGCGAUUGGAGCUGAGCAUUCCGGAUUGGGAGACGCUGGGAGCGGGCGGGAGAGACAUGCCUUCCCCACCCCCACCUCCUCCGCAGAGAAUGGCCUGAUUGGGGACAUCAUGGCUAGCAGCAUCCUCCUUAUUGUGUGAGGCGGCGUGGCCACAGCUGGGAGUCAGCUGCCCCCGCCAGCAACUCCUCAGCCUCCCGAAGUUUGUGCCCUGUGUCCUAGCUGCUGCUGCUGCGUGUGGCCGCGAGAUGCUGAGUUAGGCUUUCCUUGGGCAGCCAGCAGGGAUGCGUCUGUGAGAGGGUGCAUGUGUGCCGUAAGAGGGGGCAAAGAUCAGCACACCGCAGGACAGUUAGUCCCAAGGGCAGCGCUGGCGCUCAGGGGUGUAAAUAUUGAACAGGGUCGGCGCCGCUCUCUCGCCAGCUCCUUCCAGGCGGGGUGGCUCGGAGUGAUGCGAAAUUAGGUGUGCGCUGUAUUUGCGUGCCCGGAGCCCGGCUUAGCGGCAGGUUUCUGGGGACUCGGCCCAGUGGAGUCGAGGGGGGGGAAAGCAGGGGGAUUAGCUGUUGGAAGGUGGGAGGGUGCAAUAAAUAAAGCAAUAAAUGGCCAGCAACAGGAGCAUUGAGCUGGAGCACUUUGAGGAGCGGGACAAAAGGCAGCAGCGCUCGGGGGCCCGCAGAGCGGGGACCGGCUCGAGUUGCAGCAGCAGCUCCGGGCCUAAGGGGAACGGGCUCAUCCCAAGCCCCGCGCACAGCGCCCACUGCAGCUUCUACCGCACGCGGACGCUGCAGGCCCUCAGCUCGGAGAAGAAAGCAAAGAAAGCCCGGUUCUACCGCAAUGGGGACAGGUACUUCAAGGGCUUGGUGUUUGCCAUUUCCAGCGACCGCUUUCGCUCCUUCGAUGCUCUCCUGAUCGAACUCACCAGGUCGCUGUCGGACAAUGUGAACCUGCCCCAGGGGGUCCGCACCAUCUAUACCAUUGAUGGCAGCAGGAAACUCACCAGCCUGGAGGAGCUAGUGGAAGGUGAAAGUUAUGUAUGCGCAUCCAAUGAACCAUAUCGCAAAGUUGAUUAUACCAAGAAUGUCAAUCCAAACUGGUCUGUGAAUAUUAAGACUGGGUCUGCUCGAUCCUUGACAUCUCUGACAUCUAUGAAAAGCGAAGUGAAGGAGAGUAAAGAUUUCAUUAAACCCAAACUGGUGACUGUUAUUCGGAGUGGAGUGAAGCCACGGAAAGCUGUGAGAAUUCUGCUGAAUAAAAAGACUGCUCAUUCCUUUGAACAGGUUUUGACUGACAUCACAGAAGCCAUUAAGUUAGAUUCAGGCAUUGUCAAGAGACUUGUAACACUAGAUGGGAAGCAGGUUACCUGCUUGCAGGACUUUUUUGAAGAUGAUGAUGUUUUCAUUGCAUGCGGACCUGAGAAAUAUCGUUAUGCUCAAGAUGACUUUGUACUGGAUCAUAGUGAAUGUCGUGUUAUGAAGUCAUCUUAUUCCCGUUCACCUGGUACACCAAGGCAAUCUGGAUCCAAAAGCCCAGGACCCUCACGUCGAAGCAAGUCACCUGCUUCAGUAAAGAGGGGUGGCCACUACUUCAGUGCUUAUUCUACAGCAAAAUCCCCAGUCAAUGGAACACCCAGCAGCCAGAUAUCCACUCCAAAAUCUACCAAGUCCUCCAGCUCUUCACCAACCAGUCCGGGGAGCUUUCGUGGACUCAAGAUUCCUCCACACUGUGGCUCUUCUUCCAAUGUCAAUGGUGUGCCUGAACUAUUCCAUUGCAUAAGUCCUGAAGGUGUGAAUGGAAACAAGUGCUCAGGGUCAUCCACUAUUCUUGAGAAAUACAGAGUGGGAAAGGUGAUUGGUGAUGGCAAUUUUGCUGUAGUAAAGGAGUGCGUAGAACGAUACACUGGAAAGGAGUUUGCACUGAAGAUUAUAGACAAGGCAAAAUGCUGUGGAAAGGAGCACCUGAUAGAGAAUGAGGUAUCCAUACUGCGCCAAGUGAAACACCCCAAUAUUAUCAUGCUGAUAGAGGAGAUGGACACUCCAACAGAACUCUAUCUGGUGAUGGAGUUAGUCAAGGGAGGCGACCUAUUUGAUGCUAUCACUUCUUCAACAAAGUAUACGGAGAGAGAUGGUAGCGCAAUGGUCUACAAUCUAGCCAGUGCACUGAAAUACCUCCAUGGUCUCAACAUUGUGCACAGAGACAUUAAGCCAGAGAAUCUCCUGGUAUGCGAGUAUUCAGAUGGAACAAAGUCCUUGAAGCUAGGGGACUUUGGACUGGCCACAGUGGUUGAAGGACCCUUAUUUACAGUUUGUGGCACCCCUACAUACGUGGCUCCAGAAAUCAUUGCAGAGACAGGAUAUGGCUUAAAGGUGGAUAUUUGGGCUGCAGGUGUGAUCACAUACAUACUGCUUUGUGGAUUCCCACCUUUUCGCAGCGAGAACAAUCUUCAGGAAGAUCUCUUUGAUCAGAUCCUCAUUGGAAAGCUAGAGUUUCCCUCUCCAUACUGGGAUAACAUCACUGACUCAGCUAAGGAGUUAAUUAGUCUGAUGCUACAGGUAAACGUAGAAGCUCGAUAUACAGCAGCACAGAUCCUAGGCCAUCCCUGGGUGUCCGAUGAUGCCUCGCAGGAGACUAAUAUGCAAGUUGAAGUAACAGGUAAACUGAAGCAGCACUUUAACAACAUGCUACCCAAGCAGAACAGUACGACCGCUGGGGUCUCUGUCAUCAUGAACACAGCUCUAGAUAAGGAAAGUCAGAUUUUCUGCAACAAGCGCUCUCAGGACUCUAGUAGAGCUGGUAUGCAGAAAACUUCUGUGAUUAUUGCUGCAGCUGAAGAGCCUCAUGUGGCUGGGUCCAAGAACCUCUCCCCUGCUUCUUCUGAGCCAAUCAGAUCCCCCACACAGCCUGUCCCGGCAUGUCAUGACAAUGCUGGGGAACCAGCUCGCUCUAUAGAAGUGAUUUAAACCAAAGCCCACUUCUAGGCCAGUAGACCCCUUCAACUUAAUGAACAUCCAUCACAGCUGUAGUUUUUCAGUUUGCUUCCACUCUCUUGUGGCAAGCCCCAGGCAGACUGUCAAUAGGUGGAUGGGUGAAGUGUGUGCUGUAGCAUUGAGUGCUCUUCCAGCCUUUGCCUUCUGAAUCUUUAGAUUUGUUUUUAUCAUUGGAGUUGGUUUAAUGAAAUGCAUUUCUCACACCCUAGGAAUCUGAAUAGCUUAAACUAACACAUAGAUGAACAGUUAUGAGGCCUCACUUGUGCGCAAACAGACUCUCCAAGUCAACAGAACUUGUUCCCAGAAAAGGGGUAUGCCCCCCACAAAAAGCUGUAUUUGUCUCCUGUCCCAGUGAGUUGAGUUUAGCUGAGCUGAAGAGGCAAGUUUCCAUGAAAAACUGCAGUGGAUUAACUGUACAAUAUUGAAAGACAAGCUUCUCAAAGAAAAAGGACCCCUUCUCUAAUUCCAGACUUCAAGAUAGUGUUUAGAUAAUACGAACUUCAAGUGACUUUGGAUGUAAUAACAGGAACUCUGGGCAUUUAUUGGUCUGAAGACUGCAGUCAAGGAAGCCUUUUCAUUCUAGCUAUUGUGUAUCCUCCCCCCACAACUACAGUAUGUAUUAGAAACAAUAAAACUUCUUUGAAUGGAAAGCUUGCUGCAUGUUACAUAAGCUAGGAUGGAGCAGUUCUAGGGCAAGCUGACUAAUAGAAGAACUACCACUAGCCACCAAUAUUUUAUUACCAUCCCCCUCUUCAUCUAGUGUAGGAACUGGAAACCAUAAUGGGGGAGGCACGGAUCUGUAAUCAAGGAUGGAAGGUGUUUUAUCUUUAUCAUACUGCUGCGUUCAAUAGUGUAUUUCCUCUGCUUGGUCCUAGUUCAUUUUCUUUGUUAGCUUUUACUUUCUACUAGAAUUGUAACAGACCUGCAAUAAUAAACUUUCUUCAUGAAAAGAC